AUGGGAAGCGAACUCGACUGUGCGUUGGAUUUGAUGAGGCGUAUGCCUCCUUCCUCGAUCGAGGACAACCUCGCGGGUCUCAUCGAUCUCGUGCCCGACCUCACCGAGCAGCUGCUCAGCAUGGUCGAUCAGCCCCUUAAGGUCGCUCACGAUUCGCAGGCCCGUCGUGACUACCUCCUCUGCGACUACAACCGUGACGGUGAUUCCUACCGCUCGCCGUGGACCAACAAGUAUGAUCCCUCUCUUCCCGACGGUGCUCUCCCCUCGGCUCAGCUCAGGCAGCUCGAGGUGCAGGCCAACGAGGUUUUCGACAUCUACCGCGACCUGUACUUCGAGGGUGGUGUCUCCUCUGUAUAUUGCUGGGAUCUCGAUGACGGAUUCGCCGCUGUUGUACUUAUAAAGAAGACUCAGGACCAGUCUAAGAAGGGCCAGCCCAUGAAGGGAACGUGGGACUCCAUCCACGUCGUCGAGGUGGUCGACAAGGGCAAGAACGCUCACUACAAGCUCACCUCCACCGUCAUGCUCUUCAUCGAAACCGAGACCAAGGAGACCGGUCGCGUCACGCUCGCCGGUUCCCUCACCCGUCAGGCACGUCAUUUCCUUCAUGACGAGAAGGACUUCCCCGUGGACAAGGUGAACCCGCAUGUGGCCAACAUCGGUCGCAUGAUCGAGGACAUGGAGCUCAAGCUGAGGACCACGCUUCAGACCAUCUACUUCGGCAAGACCAAGGACAUCGUCAACGAGCUCAGGCAGGUGAUGCCCGUCUCCGUCCUCAAGAGCAGGUCCGCUCUCCAGCAGCAGAUCGCUGGUGCCAUUGGCGGCAGGGGCAACUAA